AAUGACUUUUCUCGGCUUCCUUUCCUGGUGCUUUUUGUCGUUCAUUAAUUAGUUAAGAUAGCUUGUUUGUUAGCCAGGCAUCAUUGCUAGCUAGCAAAAAAAAUAACUUUUAUAUGUUUUGUUGGCUCAUCCGGGCAGCAACAGCGAGAUGAGGAGUGGAGCGUACAAGUUUCUGUCCGUUUUUUCUUGCCUCAUUGUUUGCGGUUUCAUGUUCAUGUUUUGGUUUUUCGUUUUUUACUCUAUGGUACUUGCGCCAUGACUUACAACUGGAAUGCAUUUGACAGUUAACUAGCUAUUUAGCACAGACAGCUAGCUAAGUUAGCGAACGUUAACCCAGUCGGCAAACGCGAUUUUGUCCCACACAAAGCAACCCAUACUGACAAGUUGUAGCCCGUAAUAGUAACGUUAAUCAAAAGUUUGCCUCCGAAUUUAGCUAGCUACAUAACAAUCAACAGAAACAGUCAAAUGUAGCAAGUUAGCGAACGGCUAACUAGCAACAACAUUGUGCACAUACCCAUAGUGCAUUGCGGCAACGACAGGCGGCCGAUCACAUGAUCUGAAUAAGGAAGCGAGGUUUAUUUGGAUCGUAUCUGAGCAUCAACGAACAGGAGCAGUGAUAGAGAUGGCUUCUGUGUCUGUAGACAAAGACAGUGCAGAUCAAAAGCUGCAGUUUGCUCCCUUCUCCAGUGCCUUAGAGGCAGGCUUCUGGCACCAGCUCACUCAGAAGAAACUCAACGACUACCGACUGGAUGAAAGCCCCAAGAAUAUCAAAGGCUACUACUACAAUGGCGAUCCGGUCGGCCUUCCCACUCGCCUGACUUUGGAGUUUAGUGCAUUUGAGGCGGAUGGCCCCAGCCCAGCCCGCUGCUGUCCCGUCACAGGGACCCUGUACAACACCAACACACUUGAGGCCUUCAAGACCUCAGACAAGAAAGCACUGCUGGAACAACAAGCCAUGGAGAUUUGGGAUGCUAUACAGUCCGGUGACGCUCUCAAGGACCCAUCACUCCUCUGCAAAUUCCUUUUGCUGACUUAUGCAGACCUGAAGAAGUACCACUUCUACUACUGGUUCUGUUUCCCAGCUCUCUGUUUCUCUGAGGGAAUUAAGAUCCUCAAGGAGCCGGCUUCGUUAGAACAAGUCUUCUCUUCUAAACAGACCUCAGCUUUACAGGCAGCCUAUGACAGUCUGUGCAGUGAAACGGGGACCUCGGCUGUUCCUUACUUCCUGAUCAAGUACACAGAGGAGGCUGUCCAGGUGGCCCAGCUACGAGACUGGGACCGCUUCAACACUGAUCUCAACCAGAUAACCGUGGGUGUUUAUGAUCCUUGCACUCUGCCCCAGCAUCCAGGAUGGCCUCUGAGGAAUCUGCUGUUUCUCCUAGCCUGCAAAUGGGGCUCCCAACUGGAUGUGGUGGAAGUGGUGUGUUUCAGAGACAGGACUCUUCAGGGUAGUAGGAACGUUCAGCACAGCAUCGUGUUCCAGGUCAAACUACCGGUACCCGAGCAGUCUGUCAAUGCAGUGUGUCCAAAGAGUGUAGGAUGGGAGAAAAACCCUAAAGGGGCCCUGGGGCCCCGGAUGGUCAACCUCAGUGAAUGUAUGGACCCUAAGAGACUGGCAGAGUCGUCAGUGGAUCUCAACCUGAAGUUGAUGCGCUGGAGGCUGGUGCCUUCUCUGGAUCUGGACAAAGUGACCUCUACCAAGUGUCUGCUGCUUGGGGCUGGCACACUGGGCUGCAACGUAGCCAGGACUCUAAUGGGCUGGGGAGUGAGACACAUCACGUUCGUGGACAACGCUAAGAUCUCUUACUCCAACCCAGUGAGACAGCCACUGUAUGAGUUUGAGGACUGUCUGGGAGGAGGCAAGUCCAAGGCCCUCGCUGCCGUCGACAGACUGGGCAAGAUCUUCCCUGGAGUGAAUGCAGAGGGCCACGUGAUGAGCAUCCCUAUGCCAGGUCACCCGGUCAACUUCUCUGAGGCGACCGUGUCCCAGGCCCGGCGCGACGUGGAACACCUGGAGAAACUGAUCUCAGAGCAUGACGUCAUCUUCCUGUUGAUGGACACCAGGGAGAGUCGAUGGCUGCCCACUGUUCUAGCAGCUAGUAACAGGAAGUUGGUAGUGAAUUCUGCCCUGGGCUUUGACACCUUCGUGGUGAUGAGACACGGUCUGAAGAAACCUAAACCCUGUGAACCAGGAGACUCCUCGGAUCCCUCCUCAUCCUCCUCCGCCUCAUCCUCUUCCUCCACGCCGGCCGAGCCCGCCCAGCUCCCAGCAGCCUCUCUGUUCUCCAACAUCCCCGGACACCGCCUCGGAUGCUACUUCUGUAACGACGUGGUCGCCCCCGGAGACUCCACCAGAGACCGGACCCUGGACCAGCAGUGCACAGUGAGUCGUCCAGGCCUGGCCAUGAUAGCAGGAGCCCUGGCUGUGGAACUCAUGAUCUCCAUACUGCAGCACACUGAAGGAGGUUAUGCGGUGGCCAGCAGUAGUGAUGAUAGGAUGAAUGAACCUCCAACCUCCCUGGGUCUCGUCCCUCAUCAGAUCAGAGGGUUUCUGUCCAGAUUUGACAACGUUCUGCCGGCCAGUCUGGCGUUCGACAAAUGCACUGCCUGCUCACAAAUCGUCCUUGACAGCUAUGAGAAGGAUGGUUUCAACUUCCUGUCCAAGGUGUUUAACUCCUCCCACUCCUUCCUGGAGGACCUGACUGGUCUGACGCAGCUUCACCAGGAGACACAGAACGCAGAGAUUUGGGACAUGAGUGAUGAUGAGAGCAUCUGAGAGGGAGGACGGAAUCCGAAACAACAGAGUUCUAGAAUGGGAACGCACGAAACGGAACACGGAACACAGUCCCAAAGGGAUUCUACUGCGUUCCGACUAUAGCCGUCUCUCUUCUGGUCAGAGUUCAGCUUAGAACAUAUAUGGGCCUUCUUCGCUAUAAUUAUUUUCUAAAACCCAGUUGGUGUUUGUUAUGUAUGCCACUGAUAACAGUUUUAAUAAUGGCUAACAACAUUUGAAAUGGUAAGUUGAACUAAGAAUAUGGGCCUUCAGUAUUUUCUGAAACUAUUUGAAUUGUCGUUGGGUAUCGUCAGAAGGAUGAAAAAUGUAAUCUUUAAAAUGCCGCUGAUACGGUUUUAGAUAAACAUCUAAUAACAUCUGAAAUGCAAAGAAUGUCUGCAGUGCUUCUGCAAUGUUACAUCAGUGAACUGAUUUGACUUAACAAGGGUAAACCCUACAGGGGAAAACCCCUUGCAUUAUAAGUGUCACUCUCAUGAGAACUAAUAUGAAGAGACAUUAUUUCUGUUCUAGUCAUUCGAUUUCUAUGUGCUGAAGGGGAAUGUAAGAUGACCUAUUUUGAGGGUUGUUGAAAAUGUUUAAAUGAUUUCCAGUGUCUCUUGAAUCUUUGUAUUCAUUGUGUUGUUAUGUUCCCAGACAAGCUGUCCUGAUACGACCCAAACCAACUUUACUGUCUGUCAGCUGACUUACCUUGUAAUAUAUGCUCCUUUCCUGUUACCCUUGCAGUUUCUAAUUUGUUACGGGGGAACGUAUACAUCUCCCAAUUUGGCCUUUUACUGUAAUAUACACAAUAAAUAGUAUAUAUAUAUAUAUAUAACAUUUACAUCAAUCUUCUGACCCCUUUACUGUUGCCCUUACAGUUUUAGGGUCUUUUCACACUUUUACACUCAACUAAACGUCUCUUUUGUUCCUCACCAUCAGUUAUGUCCUUUCAGAUUAUCACACUGUGGGGAAAUAUGGCUUGAUGUAGACAAUAUACAUACAGUACAACAUACGCCAGUAGAUUGAAGGAAAUGCUUUACAACCCCGAGGGUAGGUACCGCGGUUUGGGAGACACUGAAUGAUGCCACCAUACUCCGUAUGUUUUCAUAUUUUGUCAUGUUUUUGUCUUAUACUUUCUGUAACGUCUUUGUCAAGUAUAUAUAAAAGCCACGUACAUGCGUGUAUAUCUGACUCUUACAUUGGAUGACAUGUAAAUCAAAUUAAAUGUUUCCUGUAUGGA